AUGUAUCGUGAUGGGGGAGAGGAAUUGCUGGUUGACGAUAAUGCAAGGGAAUUAUUCGUUUCGGAGGAACUCUCUCCUCGAACUGUUUUCAUACCCAUCACCAUCUUGGAUAGUGACGAGGAGAACCCGCCGAGUGAAUCGGAAACCUACGUGUUUGCUGAUGUGGUUGCCACUUACCCACGUGGUUGGCGACGGGGCAGUGGGGGUCGUUUAGCCCGAAGGGCGAGGUCUUUCAAGGAAGACCUCAUCGACAGGCUGACUCAAAUGAAGACCCCUGGAACACCAUCUGCUUCCUCCUCCCCCUCAGCGGCUGGAACUCAAUCCCCUUUACGGAAAUUGAGCCGAGGGAUGUCGCCGAAAGGAAAAAGUGGAACUGGGAGUCCCGUCCACGGUAUGGCAACGCAGGUAGUUUUGGCUGCCACUGCGGCCGCUACUGCUGCUGCUUCUAGUCCUUCUCUUCCCCAAGUCCGAUCUUCCAUUGGCGAUAUGGAUUCCCUCAUUAGGAAGUUGAAUGGAGCUUUGCGGUACUUCCAAGACGCAAUCGGAAAGAAAGCGUGGGGUCAAGUCCCAGGUUCUGCAACGAUCAUCUUGGAAACUGUGAUCCAGAUCCUUGCAACACUGGAGUCUUCUGUAGCUACCUCUGUCAAUCGCAGGGAUGCUUUCACGUCUAGUCGUGAUCUCGCAUCUGAGGAGGAUAAGGAGGAGCUCCUGGUGUUCCGCUCAGAGCUGUAUACAGGAGUGAGCAUUAGUCCCAGGACAAAGAAUAACUCGAACUCUGUCAUCAUGUCGGCCAACAAUCAAGUGAAUGAGAGUGUGGCACGCCUAAUCCAGUGGUCUGAUGAGACACUCCUUAUGCAAGAGAAUGAAGGCCAUGAACUUCUCAAGGAAAAUACUGCUCAAGUUGUACAAGAAGUCAUUGACGCCGUGAAGCGGCUGGUGGAAAAAACAGAAGAACGCCUGAACACACAAAACAGGGGCAUGAGUAUGAAGAAUUCAUAUGGUCAGGUGCAUGGUCAUUCUCAUUACAACCCAAAUAUGAACCCCUGCCCAUAUUAUGUCAAUCAUUCAGCUGCAAACUCCAAAAAGCUUGCUCAUUCACAGAGCACAGAUUCUAUAUUAGAUACAAGAAGCUUUGAUCCUAUGCAUGAACAGUUGACAUAUGCACCUGGCUGUGGGCCACCACCUCCACCUCCUAAGCCACCCUUGAAUCUAAGAUAUAGUACAUGCAACCAUCAUUUAGACAGUGGUGAAGAAGCUCCUCCUUUACCUCCAAAGAGAAGGCAACAGCGUAAUCACAGUGACUCCACCAUGGGGCAAUUAGCAAGUGACCUCAGUCUCAAUGGACAGGGUCGGUACUCUCCCAUGAGUGGCUCACCUCGCUUUGGCGAUCAGAGUGGAUUUGAAUUUGCAAGCUUGGCAGACUCUAGUCGCUGCCACAAUUGGUCAUUUGAGUCGCCUGACUGGCUGAAGUGUCAACCAGUUGGGCCAAAUGGGCACUCUCAUGACAGCUUGUCUGUUCACAGCACCUCAGCAAGCAGUUUGGACUCAGCUUUCAAUCAGUCCAUGGAUGAGGUAGAUUUUCGAAUGAGAGGCAACAGUAGUAGUAGCAACAGUCUCUUCUCAAAUCAACCCACACAAGAUGGUGGAUUGGCUCCAAACAUGACAACCUGGCAAGAAGCCACCCGACAACGAAUGGGGGAGCUGUCCAUUGAGCGAGAUGAUGCUUUGUCACGAGAUGAAUCUGGAUUCCAUUCCCUCCAGUCAGUACGAAACAGUUCUGGGAGUGGGAGUUUUCAUAGUACAAUGUCAAGUAGUUCUAUGGCUAUGAGUGCGAAUGAAUCCAAAAAGACAUCAUUUGUGUCAUUGGCUGCCAAUCAGAUCCAAAUGCAUCGGUCCCACUCUGGGGCCUGGGACCAUAAAGACCCUUCCCCGCCUCCCCCUGCCCUCCCAGUGAAGAAAAAAACACUUCAUGAAAGAGCUCCUUCACACUAUGACAAUAUUUGUGACCUUGUGGAUGGAGAAAACCCCCAGUUUCAUUGGAAUCUGCAACAAGAGAAGAUUUCCCCUACUACAAGGCAUCGUGAAGACAAUGAAGAGAAACCACCUCUUCCUCCAAAGAAGAAGCCAAUCACCACAUACAUGGCUUUGGUGGACUCUAAUUUUGUGCACCGGGUGCAGACUUCCUCAUUCCAACAAAGACAGUCUAGUCAGACAAGUACAUCACAGACCUUCCAUACCUCCAGUUCCUACUCCAUAAUGUCCCGCUCACUGUCCUCCUUCACUGCUCCAACUCAUUCCAAAAAAGGUUCUGGUGUGAAUGGAGAACCAGGCACCAAUGGAACCAGUCAUUCCCACAGUCCAUCAUUUUCUCUAGUCCCAGCAUUUGAACCGCCUGGAUCACAGGUCCCACCUGCCCUCCCACCUAAGAAAAGCAGACCCCCAAUGACCUCAAUCACUCCCCCUCCACCUUUGAAGCCUCCAUCCCCUGGAAUUGACAAUAUCCUCCAUGCAUCAUCAGAUAAAAGUUUGGCACCGUCUCCUUCACCUCUUCCUGCUGGUAGUUACAGGAUUCCCAGUCCAACUAAGGUGAUCCCACUCAGGGAGCCAACACCUCUGGAUCUUUUAGAUGUCUCUGAUCAGCUCAUCUACAAGAAUCCUAGAGAUGAUGGACCUGAAAUCCGUGGUGGUUCUCCAGAUGUUCUCACUGUUCAUGCCACCAAAGAUUCCAAAACAGAAUUUGAUUAUCAGGAAGCUUUUGUGACCACAUAUCGAACAUUCAUCACACCGGGGGAACUAGUAUCCAAACUCAUCUAUCGAUACAAGAAGUUCCAUGCCAAUGGAGAUCCCAUUCACCAAAGGGCAGCCAAGUCAUCCUUCUCUUUGCUCAUCAGAGUGGUGGAUGAUCUUGCGAUGAUGGAUUUGGAUGAUGGUCUCCUAAGACAGUUAAUGGACUUUGAGCAGUCCCUUUUGACUGCUGGAGAGCUUAUCCAAGCACGAGCUUUGAGGACAAAGUUCCUUGAGCGGUGGCAGGCCAAACAGAGGGCUUGCAAUCCUCAAGCUGCUCUUCCCACUCUUAGCACCAGCAUCAAGCAAUCUGUUUUGCUCGACUUCAAGUCCUUUCACAUUGCUGAGCAAAUGACACUUCUUGAUGCAGAACUCUUCGUUCAGCUUGAGCCAACAGAAAUACUGAUUUGGGCUCGUGAACAGAAUGAAGAACUCUCCCCUAAUUUGACCCAUUUCACUGAACAGUUCAACAAUCUCUCAUACUGGGCACGGUCAUUGAUCCUUCAGCAACAUGAUGCCAAAGACAGAGACAAGUGUAUUCUCAAGUUCAUCAAGGUGAUGAGACACCUACGGAAACUGAACAACUUCAAUUCAUACUGGGCACUGUCUGCUGCCCUUGUGUCGGCUCCAAUCUGUCGUUUGGAAUGGCAAAAACAGAUCACAGAAGGAGUCAAAGAGUAUCUUGCUCUCAUUGACAGUUCUGGAAGUUUCCGAAUGUAUAGGCAGGUCCUAGCAGACACUCAGCCUCCUUGCAUCCCUUAUAUUGGACUCAUCUUAUCUGACCUCACCUUCAUCCAUGUGGGGAACCCUGAUUUCCUACCUAAUGGUGCUGUGAACUUUGCCAAGAGGUGGCAGCAGUACCGCAUUCUCAAAGACAUGAAAAGAUUUCGGAAAUGCCAGUACAACAUCAAGAAGAAUGAGAAAAUUGUCUCAUUCUUCAAUGGGUACAAGGACCAUAUGACAGAGGAAGAAAUGUGGCAGAUAUCAGAAUCCAUCAAACCUCGAGGAGGAGGCAACAAGAAGAACUGAAAUCCAGUUCUCAGAUCUCACCAAAGACUGAAGGACUUCUUCUUCAUCCUCUCCUGUUAUUUCUUCCUCCAGUGGAUAAUGGUAGCUACUCUUGAUAUGUGUCUGGUCUCAGAUGUCCUUCUGUCUAGGAAGGCACUCUAUCAUCAAUGUCAUUCCCUGUGUAAUGCAUCCCAGUGAUAUCAAGUCAUCCCCUAACUUGGAUCUUGUUUUUCCUUGUAAUAGAGGAAAUGGGCCAGCUACAUUCAUGAAAACCAUUUUUCCUGUCAUGCCAAAAGAAUGUUUUAACAUCUUUGACCAGAAGACAAGUCUUCAAUUUCUUAUGUAUGUCCUAGCCAUCUCUUUCCCAUUCAUCCCAAGGGUUCAGUGGGUAUGAGAGACAAUGCUGAAGACAAAAAGAAUUGUGAAAGCAGGCAUACCUAAAUUAUGUUUAGUAAUAGGAUGUAAUACAUCACAAGUAACAAGAUUACUUCAAUAUUUUACUUUUUCAAAUAACAAGUGACUAAGUCACUUUUUCAUUACAUUUACCUUUGAUUUGUCCUUCAUUUUGAAAAGUAAAUGCCAUUGCUUUCACACUAGUGCUCUUGCACAGCAUAGAUGGGUAAAGUAUGCCACAUAGGCUCAUGCUUUUCUCUCAUGUCAUGCCAAGUUGAUGCUCCCUUAUAGCAGUCACACCAGUAUGGUGUCUCUGAUAUGGAUGCAUACCCCAGCAGCAGAAUUCAUGACUUGUUGAAAUUGUAAUGGAAGAAUAAGAAUAAAGAGACUAGUUACUUUUUGCAGAAUGUAACUUGUGACUGUGAUGUCACUUUUUGCAGGUUGUAAUUUGUAAUUGUUACUUGUUACUUCUAAAAAGUAAAUUUCUCAUCAUCAAUGAUAUUCAAUUUCACAUCAUAUUAGAUUGCAUCUAUGAUGUCAACUCCUUCACUUGCAAACAUGUAUUUGUUGAUUUAUUCAUUGAUGCUGUGGAGAAUACCAUUAAGGGUCACCUUCGUCUUUCAUUCAACAAACAAACCAAAAAUAAUUUCCUCAGAUAAUGAGGUAUUGGUCCUUAGCUCUUUUAGCUACAAGCUUGUGAAUAGGUCAUCUCCCACUCAUUGUGUACAUUGCUUGCUCCACCCCUUAUUUGGGAUUUGAGUUUCCUAUGAGUGUAGGAAGCACAAGUGCACAUCUAGAGAUCUUCAUUUUGAAUGCAUGCAUAUGCUCUACAUGGUAUUUUUUCGACUGGAAUUGUCAGGCAAUGCCUUGUGGGAAGUCUUCACAAUUAAAAUACCAGCAUUAUGAUCAGCAGGUUACCUUCAAUGUUUAAAAUGAGAAAACUGAGAUUGAUAUAUACCAUCAAAUGUGCCAAUAUUGAAGGAAAGUUAUUGUACAUACAAUACAUUUUUGAGAACCUGAGGAAGGACCAUUCGCAUCCAGCAAUGUGAUACAAGAGCAUUAUGUUCAUCAAGGAGCAGCUAUUUUUGUUGCUUUAUUCCAAUAUUGUGCAUGACAGCCCAAGGAAACACUG